UAUAAAAACCUCAAAGUGUAUAUUGUCUGGCACUCUGGUGACUUUACACACAGGAGGUGCUGAUCGAAGAUGAAGGCCAUCCAGGUGAUCUCCUUGACUUUGCUGUCAGUUCUUGCCGCCAAUGCUCAGGUGUUGAGGUUCGGAAGAUGUCCAAAACCUCCUGUUCAGGCCAACUUUGACGCAACCAGGUAUAUUGGUACAUGGUAUGAGAUCCAGAAGCUGCCAACAUCUUUCCAGAAAGGCCAGUGCGCCACAGCCCACUACACCCUGAAGAGUCCUGGAGUCAUCGGAGUCCUCAACACAGAGCUGCUGGAUGAUGGAACUGUUAAUUCUAUUGUUGGUUCUGCCAAGGUCAAGGACCCCGCUGAGCCUGCCAAGCUGGAGGUCUCCUUCUUCCAAACCCCCCCUGGUCCAUACUGGGUGCUGUCCACUGACUAUGAGGGUCACGCUCUGGUCUACGGCUGCACAGACUUCGGCCUGUUCCGCAUGGAGCUGUCCUGGCUCAUGAGCAGGGAGCCCACCAUGCCUGAGGAGACCAUGGAGGAGCUGCACAGCAUCCUGUCCUCUGCUGGAGUCGAUGUAAACAAGCUGGUCGCCACCAACCAGGACACCACUUACUGCAGCCCCAUGUAUGAGUAAACACAGAUACUGAGACACCUACGUCAUCUGUGAUACGUGAUAAGUCUGUGCAAUAAACAAUGUCAGAUGAAUUCAUGACAAUGUGUGGCCUGUUCUGACAUCUGUGACUGCUAGUGUUGUCCUAAAGGUUACUGACAUUAGGAGCAGGAUUUAAUUACAGAUUAUCAAAUAG